AUGGAGAUUUUUUCCCACCAGUCUCACCUCCUAGAGCAGCUAAACGAGCAGCGGAAACAAGACUUAUUCUGUGACUGCAAUAUCGUGGUGGAGGGCAAGGUCUUUAAGGCACAUCGCAAUGUGCUGUUUGCCAGCAGCGGCUAUUUCAAAAUGCUCCUUUCGCAGAGCUCGAAGGAGACGACUCAGCCCACAGUAGCUACUUUUGAGGUCUUCUCUCCAGAGACAUUCACGGUUAUCCUGGACUUUGUGUAUUCAGGCAUAUUGUCUUUAACUGGUCAAAAUGUGAUCGAAGUGAUGUCAGCUGCAAGCUAUCUGCAGAUGACAGAUAUUCUUAAUGUCUGUAAGACAUUCAUUAAGUCCUCACUGGAUAUUAAUGAAAAGGAAAAGGAUCAUUACCUCAGCCUUUCGGCCAAAAGUACAAACAGUGAACCUGCCUCUCCGUCUCUUUAUCAGUCGAGAAGGAAAGCAAAGAGCAACCCGAGGCGUUCCUACUCAGUCCUGGAUGAAAAAGGUAACCCGGCGAAUGAAAAUUCCUGGAGCAGCUACAGCAGUCAGCUGUCCUCACAGGUGAUCCUACAGGAGGCAGAGACACAGCUGUUGAAAAGAGGCAGAAAACAGGGCUUAAUGAGAAAGCACCGCAGGUACCUCGGGCUGUCGCAGAGCCGCGAUCUCGCUCAGUGUAAAUCGACCAAAGCUGAGCGGGGCAGCGGGGACUGCAGCGCAUCGGAUCCCAGCCACAUCUCCCGGGUCAGGGAGGAGGCCAAAUUUGACGCCGAGAACGAUGUUGUUUGUGAUGAUUAUGGAUACAGUCACGAAUCGGAACCGGUACCGAAGAAGUGGUGUGUGGCUCAGCUAGAACAGGAACUUUCAAAAACUCCCGAGUUCAUGGAAUUAAAAGCAGAGGAACUGUACACCUCAAUGCCCACCAUUUUAGGUGUAAUGAGCAGCUGGAAUGAAGGUGACCUACCUCGGAUUCGAUUCAAAUGUCCCUUCUGCACGCACACGGUGAAACGACGCGCGGACCUGAAGCGACAUCUUCGGUGUCACACAGGGGAGCGACCGUACCCGUGCGAAGUGUGCGGGAAGAGGUUCACCCGACUGGAGCAUUUACGUAACCACUUCCAAACGAUACACCAGGCUGGCAAACUGAUCUGCAGAAAAUGCAAGCACCAAGUGACGGACCUAACAGGAUUUUUUUUGCAGGGAACAAGACGCUACAGGCUGUGCCAUAAGUGUCUAGCAGAAGCUAAUGCUGACAGCAUCCCUGACAAUUUAGAUUCAGAACAUUCCUCUGUCUCCUCUGAGGGAGGGAAACGUUCCAAAUGGGCUUUGGAGGAGGAACAGAAAUCAGACGAAGAGACAAUGGAGGAACCGUAUAAUUUGGUUGUCCGACGCGAUGAUGUUCCAGAUGAGGCAGAGGAAAAGGUGAAACCCAACUUUAGGUAG